AGGACGCAGCUAUGUCUGCGUUCCAGGACUUUGGGCCCCUCUCGGAGCGGCGAAGGGCGGAUAAGGCUCAGAGGAGGAGGAAGCACCUCAUGGCCGCCAGUGCCGUUGCUUCCGUAAUGCUUAUCCUCUCCGCCGUCGUGGCGGCUGCUGUGCUUUACAAUCCAACGCAUCGUGCCGCAGAUACCUCGAGCAAGCAGUCCAGCAGUGACUCCCAUCCAUCGAGCCGUAACGAAGGGAAGGAUCAUCCCACCACUGCCACUCUCAUCCAGAUCAUCUGUGCGCCGACGGACUAUAAGAGCUCUUGCGAAUCUAGUCUCAAAAAGUUGACCAACAGCACCUCCUCCCCCAAGGAUUAUGUCCGCGCCGCCGUCACCGCCCUCGUCGACGAGGUAGGAAAGGCCUUCGCCCGAUCCGACGACAUCAAGUCCGAUGACCCGGCGGUGAAGACCGCCGUCAAGCUAUGCCAGGAGAUGCACGGGUACGCCUUGGGCGAGCUCAACCACACCCUCCGCACCAUCGACUCGCACUCCCUCUCCCAGCUCCCGGCGCAGGUGCACGAGCUCAAGAACUGGCUCAGCGCCACCGCUGCCUACCAGCAGACCUGCAUCGAUGGCUUCCCCAAGGGAGAACGGCAGGACAAGAUGCAGGAGGCGCUGGACUCGGCCAAGCGCUCGACAAGCAACGCUCUGACCAUCGUCGGCAAGGUCUCGACUUUCAUGUCGAUGCAACAUGGCCUAGGCGCCAGGCGUCGCCUUUUCGAGGAAGAGGGCGACGACGACGACGACGGUGGCGAUGGAAUUCCGGCGUGGGUGGAGGAGUCGGAGCGUAGGGUGUUGCAGAGCCGCGCCACCAAGGAGUUCACGCCCAAUGUGACAGUGGCCAAGGACGGAAGCGGAGAUUUCAAAACUAUUUCAGACGCUCUUGCUCAUUUGCCGGCCAAAUAUGACGGAAGGUACGUGAUUUACGUGAAGGAGGGGGUGUACGCGGAGCAAGUAGAGGUGGGAUCGAACAUGAUCAACAUCACAAUGUAUGGAGAUGGAUCAAGGAAGACGAUUGUCACGGGAAGCAAGAACUACGUUGAUGGAGUGAAGACAUUCCAUACAGCCACCUUCGCUGCCAUCGGCGACGGCUUCAUGGCAGUGGCGAUGGGGUUCCAGAACACGGCUGGCGCAGAAAAGCACCAAGCGGUCGCACUCCGAGUGCAAUCCGACCGCGCCAUCUUCCUCAACUGCCGCAUGGAGGGUUACCAGGACACUCUAUACGCCCACUGCCACCGCCAGUUCUACCGCGGCUGCCUCAUCCUCGGCACCAUCGAUUUCAUCUUCGGAGACGCUGCUGCCGUCUUUCAAAACUGCAUCCUCACCGUCCUCCGCCCCCUUGAUAACCAACAGACCAUCGUCCUGGCCCAGGGCCGCACGCUCCCCCAAGAAAUCACCGGUUUCGUUCUCCACAGUUGCCGCAUCGUGCCUGAUCCUGCCCUCGCCAAUCCAAACCCAGCGCCCAAGUCUCCAUUCCGGAACUACCUCGGCCGGCCGUGGCAGAACUUCUCUCGCACUGUCAUCAUGGAAUCCGAAAUCGGCGACUUCGUCGACCCGGAGGGAUACAUGCCCUGGGACGGUGACUUCGGCCUUAGCACCCUUUCCUAUGCAGAAUACAACAACAAAGGAGUCGGCGCCGCCACCGCUAAGCGGGUCAACUGGCCUGGCGUCAAGGUCAUCUCCCAGGCGGAGGCCAGCGCCUUCACGCCGGCCGACUUCAUCCAGGGCGGCGAUUGGAUCGGAAAGACUGAUACCCCUGUUCACCUCGGUCUUUACGGCCAAUGA